AUGGACAACGAAGCCUAUCUUUAUGGGCUGAGAACUUCAUUCAACAUGUUUAGGAGUGAGACAUCUCUACGGUACCCGAGAAACCGAGACCUCAACGCUGACUUCGAUCCUGAAAGUUACCUCAUACAAAACACCGACGACAUGGUUUCCAGCUUCAUCAGGAAUACGAUACCUCUACGUCUGAUAAAAACAGACACUCUGGAGUUUGUCACACCCUAUGAGGUACAGCAGGAGGCAAUGGAUGGUAUCCGGGCGGCCAUCGCAGCACAGCUCAGAUAUGCGCUAGAGAAAGUAGCCGCCACGUCGGACUUUGAGCCUGAAGCGCAGGACAUAAUCGACGUUCUCGAGGGCCUCGUAACGGGAGCUGUAAAGGAGACCGUACGCUACUCGAUUCUGUCCCAUCGAUGGGACGCAGGUGAGCUUGAUAUGAAAGAUAUGCAUGUCAUCUCAAAGAUCACAUUGGCGGACAUCCAACAUGUCAAGAAUUCUUCUUCAGGACUUGUGCCAAAGGAGAGCCUGUUGACGGCUUUAGCAAAAGCAGCUUUGAAUGCACCACUUGAAGACUCAGAUGUACCAAAACAACCUAUAAUUGAUGCGCUCAAGUGUCUCGUGGAAGAUCCUAAAUUUGGUGCGUUAAAUAAUGGUCCGUCUACGCGAUUCAAUGGAUUCCACAAGCUGGUUCAUUUUUGUUAUGUUUCUCUCAAUGAACAUGGACACAAAUACGCAUGGAUAGACACGUGCUGCAUCGACAAGACCAGCAGUGCAGAGCUCGACGAAUCCAUCCGGUCCAUGUUCAAGUGGUAUCUGCAGUCGAGCAUGUGCAUAAUUCACCUUGGGAGGUCAGCGUGUGGCUCAGGUGCAGGAAAGAAAGAUGAGCCAGAUGAUUGGACAUCUGACCCGUGGUUUACGAGGGGAUGGACGCUGCAGGAGCUGUUGGCUCCCAAAGCUGUCAAAUUCUAUGACGCAAACUGGGAGAGGCUUACAGAUGACCUGAACGAUAAGGCACUGCCUGUCAUUAGUGGCAUCGGCAGCGACUCCGACUCGAUAUUGCAGAUAGUUUCGAGGAUCACAUCCAUUCCAAUUCCCGAUCUAGUUGGAUUUACGCCUGGAAAGGACAACAUUCGCAACAGGCUGCGUUGGGCAUCGAACAGAAAAACGACACGGGUGGAAGAUCAGGCAUAUUGCUUGCUGGGUAUCUUCGAUGUGGACAUGUCAAUCGCAUAUGGGGAGGGCGACAACGCAUUUCACAGAUUACAAGUCGCCAUUAUCGGAGAAUCGAGUGAUCGCAGCGUCUUCCUAUGGGGCGGACGGCAUUCUAGAAAGUCAACGAUGCUCGCAAAAGAGCCCGCCUGCUUCGCGUGGCCAUAUCCCGUGCUCAUGCAUGAUUUUGAUGAGUCACAGAGGGAUUCUUCAAUCGACCCAACUUUCAUGCUUACCAACCACGGCUUGAAAAUCGCUGUAUCGCUGUACAACGAACAUUUUACACGGAGAUGGCUCCUUGAUUCGCAUGAGAGUUAUCGACCACGGAAUGUACCACCGCAACUGGAUAUGCUAGCUUCUCAGGACUAUAGGUUGGCGGUUUUGGGUUACAGCAAACCCGGUGGAAGAGAGAAGCGGGGGGCGCCCGCCGUUGCCGUUGUGAUGCUUUUAUUGAGGGUUGAGUCGGUGAACAAUGUAUACUACACAAGGCACCCAUUGGUUCCACAGCUUGGAUAUUUCAUGGAACCACCCGGCGCCCCUGAAGUCAUAUUUAUCAGAUAA